AUGCACAACCAAGAUCCCCUCCUCAUCCGUCCUUCUUUGUCCCGGAAGAACAGCAGGCCCUCGUCUCUGAACACCGUCUAUUCUCAGAACGAGUACAAACCAGACAUCGAGCUCGAGGUCACAUCUCCAGGCGGCAAUGGCACAACCGUCGUCGCAGCCAACGGUCAUCACGAUCGUCCCGCUCAGGACGAGUCCACAGCCGUCAAGAAACCAAACCCACACCACACCCCGACCCCGCAACAAAUGGUCAAAUCGCCCUGUUUUGUCCACUCUCAUCUAGACAAGGGAGCCGAUCUCACAAAGUUUCUCAUGAACAAGCCCUACGAUAUCCAUACCAAGGAUCUAGGGGUAGCAAAGUCCUUGCAGCAGGCCGGUACCAGCCCCACUCACGCCCGCUUCGAUCAUACCGCGACACAGACCAGAAGCUUUUCUCCAGAGUCUGUCGCCUCCUCUUUUGCCUCUGGCUACGAGGUCGACGACGAGGACGAAUACAUUGGAAGCCUCACCACCCAACUCGCCGAAACGGCCGUCAGCGUACGAGAGAUGAGCAAACAACUCGGUCGAGCCCGUGUUCAAUCAAAUAUUCAGAACGUCUUGAUUGUCACCAAAGCGAGGGACAACAGACUUAUCAAAUUAACUCGCGAUCUUGCCCUCUAUCUUAUGCUCAAGCGCCGGCCAGGCCAACAGAGAGGAUUGGUCGUUUACGUCGAUAGCCAGCUCCGAACCUCCCGACGUUUCGACGCGGAGGGUAUCAAGCGGGAUCACCCCGAACUCUUUGCCCCUUUCCCCCGUCGUCGCCCAUCGAGCUCCCAGUACACCAAUGCAGCCCAAGAGUUCCAAGGUGAAGAAGGCCAACUGCGAUACUGGACUAGCAGCAUGUGCUCCCGCAAUCCUCAUCUCUUCGACUUUGUUAUCACCCUCGGCGGUGAUGGGACUGUCCUCUUCACCUCUUGGCUGUUCCAGAAAGUCGUUCCUCCGGUCCUAUCUUUUGCACUCGGUUCUCUCGGUUUCUUGACCAACUUUGACUUUGCUGAUCAUCAGGCUGUUAUGGAUUCCGCUAUCGAUAAUGGAAUCCGUGUCAACCUCCGAAUGCGGUUCACUUGCACUGUCUAUCGCGCAGUUGCUACUGAGAAGGGCAAGGGACGAAAGGCAGUGAAGAAGGCCGAGACAGGCGAGAUCAUCAUGAAGAACUUGGAGAAAGGCGGAGGAUGGGAAGCGCUUGAAGGAGGCUGGGGAGGUGCUCCUGCUGACGGAAAGUGCACCAAAGACAAGGAGAUUAUGUGCUACACCACCCGUCCUGUUGAAAGCUUUGAGGUACUCAACGACCUCGUCGUCGACCGUGGCCCAAGUCCAUACGUUAGCUUGCUGGAACUCUUUGGUGAUGACCACCAUAUGACAACUGUGCAAGCUGACGGCUUGACCAUCUCCACCCCUACGGGCUCCACAGCCUAUUCGCUGUCUGCUGGAGGUUCACUCGUCCACCCAGAAAUUCCGGCCAUCCUCAUUACGCCCAUCUGCCCACAUACCUUGUCCUUCCGACCAAUGCUCCUCCCUGACAGUAUGGAGCUGCGUAUUUGCGUCCCGUACAAUUCCAGAAGCACCGCUUGGGCCUCCUUUGACGGUCGGGGCCGAGUCGAGCUUAAACAGGGAGACCAUAUCAAGGUCACAGCCUCUCGCUACCCCUUCCCCACCGUCUGCGCAGAUAAGCAAUCCACCGACUGGUUCCACGCCAUCUCGCGCACCCUCAAAUGGAAUGAGCGAGAGCGCCAGAAAUCAUUCGUCGUCGUAGAAGAAGGGCCCGCCAAACCCAAGCGCCGCAAACGCAGUCGCGCACCCGCUGUUUCCCCUGGUCGUUCUCCCAAGGUCAGCGAGAUGGACGAGGAGGAUGAGGAAGACGACGAGGCAUCCAGCGAGGAAGAUGACAAAUUCGACAUUGACGAUUCCUCAGCUGCAGAGUCGGAUUCGACGACAGACGCCGGUGUCCAGGCGGACGACUUUUCCCAUCUGAGACCGCCCUCCAUGGCCACCGUGAAAGACAGCAGCGGCAGCAAGAGAACCAAGCGCGGCAAGUCGCGGUCCAAGUCCCGUCCUCGCACCGUCUCGACGCAAUCCCAGUCCUCGGAUGCAUCCUAUCAUUCAGGCGUGGACUCGCCCAGCCGAUACGCAAGUCCAGGACCGCACUUGUCCCAUGGCCGACAUGUCGAAUUCAGUUACCCUGAUUCGAAUCAAUCUUCGCCGUCCUCCGAGUCCGGACUGAACCACUCCGCACAGCAAGGCAUGCGCGACGACCUGCACCUCCAGAGGUCCCCCAGUGGCCGAAGCCGUAUUCCCAAAGACAGAGACAUCGGAGCGGAGACGCCUAAGACAGCAACUGUUCCAUUGGGGCAGUUACAUGGCCAUGGUCAUAGCGGGCGCGGGCGAGGCCAUUCGAUAUCGAAGCUCGACAAUGCGCCGCAUAGAGCGUUUGCUGUUUGGGGCCACGACGAGAGCGAUAGCAACGCUAGCGAUAGCGAUCUCUAG